GCCUCCGCCUCGAAUCAGCUAUCCCCUUUAAGUCCUUUGGGUCGUUCUGUGUCGCCCUUGGUCUCACAAGCGAUUUCUAUGUCAAAUGACUCCAGCUCCAUUUCCUCAGUCAUCAAUUCUACCACUGCCACCUAUGCUACACCUGGAGUUGUCGACAGAAGCCGAGCAUGGCCUCGAAGGUCAGUCUACUCGGAUGGAGACCGCACUGCGGGGCGUGAACAAUUAAAACCUCUACUAAUGAUGGCUGCUCAACCCGGGGAAGGGCAGAAACAAACAAGCGUAUCUCGUAUAUUGGAAGAGGAUAGCGAUCCAAACAUUGAGCCUAAUUAUAGUCAUCUUAGCAUAGGUGUUCGGCCACCAGAUAGACCAGGCCGAAAGCACAAUACUGACACAUUAGCUGAAUCUCGAAUCGACACUACAUAUUGGUCGGAAGGUCGUCCGAGUCAAAUCAGAUCACCGAAACAACCAGAUUCACGAUACCCUGGAGCACGGUCUUUGAUGGAUGAGAGUGGCACUCCUGGAGGUGAUUAUCAUCCGUCCAUUAGCACCGAGGAUGACGAAAAGGAGUGCUACUUUAGAAAUGGAUAUUCUGAAGAUCAUGAACACAGAGAAGAUGGUGACGAGGAGGCUAAUGAAUCGUCCGACACGAGCAAAGAGGAUAAUACUAGUGCUACUAGCGGACACACUAGUUUUGAUGGCAAAGAGACUGACAUUGAUAAGGCCAGGCAUGCCAGUAACCGGAGAAACAGCGGGAUAUUAGACAAGAAUUUAAGGAAUGUGACCGUGGAUAGUGAUGACGGCGAAAAUAUGACCCCGUUGCCCACUUCAGGAGCUCCACUUGCUUGGGCCAGCAUGCGUUGGUCUCGCGUCAACUGGCGUGAUCGACGUUCAGACGCCAAUUCCAAUGCUCCAUGCACGGCGCCCCAUUCUACUUUGUCACAGCUUGAGGAUCAGAAGCGUGGGUCUCGUCAUCGACGCCCCGCUACCGCAAACUUUACUGACGCCAAUCUUAACAUAAGUCAAGAUGGGGUAUUUGAUACUCGAAUGUUGACUUCAAACUCUUCUCAACUUAGCCGAUUAGACGAGGCCAGCAGGCCAACUUCAGGCAAUCAUGCACCUCCUAUUCCGCAGCGAUUACGCGCCAGCCAGCACACCAAAGAAGAGCUGCGUUCAUCUCCCGGUGAAGUGAGCUCUUCUUUCUCACAGGUUUGUUUCUGA